AGACCGGCAAAUUUGAACCUUUUCCUUUUCUUUUUUCCUUAAAUAGAAUGAUUAUCUAGAAGAUGAGACAGAGGGUGCAAAAUCCGUGGUCUUAAAAUACUGUGGUAAUGACAUAGUCAAAGUUUAAACUAGUGUUAAUCAAGUUGGAAUUUUGCUAGUAAUAGAGUAGUACCAUUGUGCGAUGGGCGAAAAGUAAAAGAAAACGACAAAUCUUAUCCUCACAAAGCAGAGAAAAAUCAUCGCAAAGUCUGAGAAUCAAAGAUAAUUAUGUCGAUGAUGGUGAAGCAAUGGCUUCUUUCACACACUCAUUUUCAAAAAUCCAUUCUCUUGGAGAGUGGGCAGCUCAGUAGCAAAUGGGGAGAAGUAAAGCUCUUCCACAAACAUACCAACAAACCUUCAAAAUGUAUUCAUAUCCAUUUCAAGGAAAUUUUGCUGUUCAAAUACCCUGCAGCAGCAUUAAUAGUGACUAAUGCAUUGAUGAUGACUACACCUUUAGACGCCUUGGCUCAAACAUGUGAACCCGAAACUUCUGUUUUCAAUAUGCCAUUAUUGCUGCUUGUUGCCCUCAUUGGGGCCACAGUAGGAGGACUAGUUGCACGUCAGAGAAAAGCGGAAUUACAGCGGUUGAAUGAGCAGCUCCGACAGAUUAAUACGGCUCUAAGAAGGCAAGCCAAAAUAGAGUCCUAUGCACCUACCUUAAGUUAUGCUCCUGUUAGUGGUAAGAUUUCAGAAAGUCAGGUGAUUAUUGAUCCAAAAAAGGAGGAAUUAAUUUUUCACUUGAAAAAUGGGAAGAACUUUCUGAGAAAUCAAGCUCUAGAAAAGGCGUUUUUGGAGUUCAAAACAGCUCUUGGGCUUGCACAGGAUGUAAAAGACCCUAUAGAGGAAAAGAAGGCAGCAAGGGGUUUAGGGGCAUCAUUACAAAGGCAGGGCAAGUACAGGGAAGCGAUUGAAUACCACUCUAUGGUUCUUGAUAUCUCGGCAAGAAAUGGGGAGGAGUCAGGAAGCACAGAAGCUUAUGGAGCAAUAGCUGAUUGCUAUACUGAGCUUGGAGACAUGGAACGAGCUGGAAAAUACUAUGACCAAUACAUUGCGAGGCUACAGAGUGACUAAGCCAUCUACUAGAAAGACUUAUCUUUCUGUUGCGGAAAUUUGUUCAUGUUCAUACAUUUGGAAUAGAAUGUUCAGAGGUUAGGUCUUUUCUCUUGGUAUAUUCCUGAAGUUAUCACCGGGGUAAUCUGUAUUCAGAUUUGUCAACUCAAUUUACAUGUAAAAGUUGGAAUUGGACAAUCAAAUGAUCUUUACAAAAGCGAGAACUUAGCAGGAUUGACUUUGGAAUGGGCAAUGCAGGGACAUUGUUCCA